UACGACUCAGUCUAAGGAAGGCGGCAAGAUGAUGAAGUUCAUCUUAGUGGAACUGCUGGUUCUGCUGGCGAGCUCAUCGGUUUUCUCCAUCGAAGUGGACACGGACUUGGGACGAGUGCGCGGUGCUAAUCUGACCUCCAGAUUGGGCUUGACCUUCCAUGCCUUUCGCGGCAUUCGGUAUGCCGAACCUCCCCUGGGGGAACUGCGAUUUCUGAAUCCCCAGCCCGUGAAGCCGUGGUCUCCGAAAACCUUCGAUGCCACUGAAGAUGGACCGAUGUGCCCGCAACCGUGGGACAAUAUGACGGAUGUUUCCGAGGACUGUCUGCGCUUAAAUGUGUACACAAAGGAUUUGAAGGGGCGACGACCGGUGAUAGUGUUCCUGCAUCCCGGAGGCUUCUAUGUUUUCUCCGGACAGAGUAAAUAUUUGGCCGGACCCGAGCACUUCAUGGAUCGCGAUUGUGUGCUAGUCGCGCUAAAUUACCGGCUGGGCAGCUUGGGUUUCCUGGCCACUGGAACCAAGGAAGCUCCUGGCAACGCGGGAAUGAAGGAUCAGGUCCUGGCAUUGCGCUGGAUCCAGAGGCAUAUCCAUCGGUUUGGUGGGGACCCCGGCAGUGUGACCCUUUUGGGAUACAGUGCGGGCAGUAUCAGCGUAGCUCUGCACAUGCUAUCGCCCAUGUCGCGGGGUCUCUUCCAUCGGGGAAUCGCCAUGAGUGGUGCGCCAUAUAACCCACUCCAGUAUCAAAACAAUGAUAUUCGGCUGGCCAAACGACAGGCUGGUCUACUAAAGUGUCCCCAGGAACCGGUCAAGGAAAUGGUCGAGUGUAUGAGGCAAAAACCCUACUUGGAUUAUGUAAACACCUUCAAGGAAAUGUUUGAGUUUAGCGGGCAUCCCAUACUGAACUGGAAAAUCGUGGUCGAGGAGGAUUUUGGCCAAGAACGCUACCUCAUCGAGAGUCCCUUCAAGACAGCUCGACGUGGUGACUUCUACAAGGUUCCCAUCAUUACUGGUAUUACGGAGUUUGAAUUCCUUUCUCCAGCCAUUUAUCAUCUGCGAAAUGAAAGCAUUGUGAGGAACUACAACCAGAACUGGGAACACUUUGCACCUAUUCCCCUGAUUUUGGAACGUAACUCAACACAAUCGCGAGUUGGCAGUCGAGUUUUGAGGGAUAAAUAUAUGCCUGAGAGUAGGGGCAAGCUAGAAUACCCGAAAUCCGUCAAGGGCUUGGGAGAACUCUACAGCGAUGCAAUAAUUGGAGUGUCCUUCAAUCGGUUUCUUCGCUUAAUGGCUCCCCACACACAUAUUUACACCUAUCUGUUUCGGUACAAGGGAAGAUAUAGUUUCUUAAUAAAUCCCGAUAACCAACAAGCUAUGGCUUUUAAAGGGCCUGUUCAUCAUGAUGAGCUUCUUUAUUUAUUCCAUGUGGGUCUUAAGACUCCUCUGUUAAAGCAAGAGGAUCCGGAAAACUUUAUGAUUGAGCUUUUGACGCGUAUGUGGUUUGAGUUUGCUCAAAAAGGUGAUCCCCACAAUAAGGAUGAUGAAUACUUGAAAGAUCUCAACUGGCCACGGUACAAUUCACAAGAAAAAGGUUAUCUGGAAAUUGGUACCAAUCUUACUGCAAAAACUGGCGACUUCUUUCUGGAUCGAUAUCAUAUCUGGGAUGAAUUAUUUCCUCUAUCAAGCUUUUGCUGAUUGAUUCCCU